UCGUUUCAGUCAAUCCUGACAACAGCUGCUGCAUCCUUAACGAUGUCUGGACGAGGCAAGCAGGGCGGCAAAGCUCGCGCCAAGGCCAAGACCCGCUCUUCUCGGGCCGGGCUGCAGUUCCCCGUGGGCCGAGUGCACCGCCUGCUCCGCAAGGGCAACUACGCCGAGCGGGUCGGGGCCGGCGCGCCGGUGUACCUGGCGGCGGUGCUGGAGUACCUGACGGCCGAGAUCCUGGAGCUGGCGGGCAACGCGGCCCGCGACAACAAGAAGACGCGCAUCAUCCCGCGCCACCUGCAGCUGGCCAUCCGCAACGACGAGGAGCUCAACAAGCUGCUGGGCAAAGUCACUAUCGCUCAGGGUGGUGUCCUACCGAAUAUCCAGGCCGUGCUGCUGCCCAAGAAGACCGAGAGCCACCACAAGGCCAAGUAAAGACCAGCAUUGGAAGCAACUAAACCAAAGGCUCUUUUCAGAGCCACUUCUAUAAUCAUGAAAAAGGUGACACUGCGCUUCAGUUUUUUACUCACUACAACUUGUGAACAUCACUCACUCUUGCUAGUUAGGCUAAAGUCCUAGCUACUUUGAUCUUGUCCAUAAGUACUGGGAUCUAGCAGCCUUUACCAAGAAAGUAAGUUGAUGUUUGUGUUACAAGUAUAACUGCGAAGUCAUAGUUGAAUCUGCAGGAUCAAUAAAUUGACCCAAGA